AGUCACCUGCCUGGUGAACAGCAUUCCCUAAACUGCUGGUGUAAAACUGGCAUCAUCCAGGUGGCUUUGGGCCGUGAUGUAGUUUGGGAGGUCUGUGCCUGGGCUUGAGCUAGUGUGUGCCGCCCUCUUCCAGAGGCAUGCCUGGAACACAGCUGGUGCUGGAGAGCUGCAGCGUGCUGUCCCCCGCGGUUCUUGCUUUGUGAUUCAAAACUUGGAUGUGUUAUGGCAAACUUCAGAGAAAUGACUCUGUGGUGUCUUGGUGUUUGUACUGGUUUGGUUCACUGUACCUGGGUGGUAGGGAAGUUAUGACGAUGGUAGUUUGUUUUCCCAGUAGUUGGUAGUUACACUGUCAUCCUCUAAUGCCAGUAAAGCGUGACGGUUCAUAACCCCUGCAGCCAUCAGUUAGCUGGGCCCUUUCUUUUAAUUUACGCCAUUUGCAGCUGGGCCUCUGCAGCCACCCCUCCUCACUAGAUAGUAUCUCACUUCUCAGGCUUUGUAUGCGAGAUUUCAGAGAUAUUUUUUUUUCCAGAGCUAUUCAGUGAACGAAGAAAAUUUCUGAGAAAUCAGUGUUGGAUUGAGCUUACCCUGCUUGGAUAAGACCAAAAAAAUUCUGGAGAGAGAAAGGGGCCCCAGAAGACCCAGUGCUAAUUUUGAUGACUAUUCAGUAACGUCUGCCCAAAAAGAGCAAGAAGGACUUUGCUUAUAAAUGAAAACCAUUGGCGAGCAGCAAUUACAGAAGUCAUGAGAUGCAGUAUUUAACCAAAACGGUUGUGAAGAAAGACAGCUCCAUACAAUCCAAUUGGAUUUUAAUUCCUCCACAGAAUCCAAAAUCUUUGCGUUGGCAAAUACCACCCUGCCACAAUGGAAAUACUCAGAGCCAGGGUAGCCUCAUAAAUACAGAACAGGGACCACAAGUUAGAGCUUGCAAUGAAACCAAAGAUAUGUAUUAAAACAAGAGAAAGAAAAGCUUUUUUUCUGAAAGCAGUUAAAAGAAGAUGAGAACAAGGAAACAUUUACUUCAUUCUUUCAGAAUUUCAGUUCUAAAAGGUUUCUGUAGGUCAGCACAAGCGACUGCCUCUCAGAGUCUGGGCCAGGGAGAGGAAGACCUACUAGUACAGAAAUGGGAAUGAAGGUGGAUCCUGCCCCAAACCGAGAAGCGUACAGGUGGUUAACAAAUGCGGUGCUAAGCCCAGGACAAGGGUUUAACAUCAAUUAAGGGCUUUUGGCCUUUCUGAGAGCACUUGGAUGCUGAAUUCUGCGCUGUGCUGCUGGAACCUGAGGUUGCAGCCCAUGCACGUCAUCAUUGCCUGUGGUAUCUUCCACAUCAGCUGGAGUCAUAGAGUUGGAUCCUUUCCCUGGCGUUUUGCUGUGCAUUCUUUGCACUUUACCCAGCAAUUAAUUCUGUUCUCCUGCUGCUCGCAGGGCUGUGUGCUCCUCCCACACCUGAGAUGGGGUAGUGGUAGAGCUCCUCUUGCUCUCUCUGUGCUGGGUAUUACAAGGAGAAAGGGAAAUUUGUGACUUCAGAGGAGCUGACCUGUUACAGUCCACACCAUGAGAAGUCAAAAUGGCUUUCUAGUUUCAUCCUGCCAUUUGUUGUGAGAAUGGCCUCCUCGGACGGAACUCUCUGUCACUCUCCAGCAGCGCUGGUUGAUUGCUCUUCUUCAGAAGACAGAAAGCAGAGAAAAGUUAAAAACUGGGGAGGGUUUUAUGUCCCAAGUUUGCCCAUGCUGCUUCAAUCACUCCUUGCAGCAGGAAAACCUGAUGCUUCAAGACCCUUGAAAUUCUUAGUUAUGUUCAAAUUUGGGUAUUGUAUCAGGAAAAGAACCCUAACUUGCAGGAUGGGUGAGGACCCCAUAGGACGACUAGUGUAGUUUUUAACAGUGAAGGGCACCUGUCUCCUCCUUCAGUGACCUGUCAAUCAGAGUUCUAUUAAUGGAAUUCUUCAGAAACUAAUGUGUUCCCAUUUAAAAAUACUUGAUCAAUAUAAAAAUACGGAAUGAGAUUAAGUACUCUAAGUGACAACAUCUGCUUUAAGCAUUGUCCUGCUUAAGAUACUUUGACCAUCUGUAAAAUUCUGCAGCUACCAGUCCUGGAUAAAUUGCUGCAUGGAAGGAGAUCACAGAGGCCUUGCUAAAGGAAAGAGAUAAACAAGCAAAAUGGAACGGGAUUCCCUUACUGUUGCAAAAGCUGUAUGAACAUAGCCACCCAAACAGUGAUUUCUCCCAGUGCCAAAGCAUCUUAAAGGAAAUUUCUCCACUUCUUUCAAUGGAAGCCAUGGCAUUUGUUACAGAAGACAGAAAAGCUGCUCAAGAGUCCACUUUCCCAAACACAUACACAUUUGACUUAUUUGGAGGAGUUGAUCUUUUAGUAGAAAUUCUCAUGAGACCAACACUUAUUACGCAGAAAAAGAAACAGAAAAUAAGCGAUGACCUCAUCAAGGACUGUUUAAGCAUAUUGUACAACACGUGUAUAUGUACGGAAGGAGUCACAAGGCGAUUGGCAGAAAGAAAUGACUUUGUGUUGUUCCUGUUUACACUGAUGACAAACAAAAAGACAUUCCUACAAACUGCAACGCUCAUUGAAGAUAUCCUGGGAGUUAAAAAGGAAAUGAUACAACUGGAUGAUAUUCCCAAUCUUGCAAGCCUUGUGUCCAGUUUUGAUCAGCAGCAGCUUGCGAACUUCUGCAGGAUCCUUGCUGUCACGAUUUCUGAACUUGACACGGGAAGUGAUGACAAGCACACGCUUCUUGCCAAAAAUGCCCAGCAGAAAAAAAACUUGGGUCCUUCUCGAGCUGAAAUUAAUCAAGCUACGCUUUUGAAUAUUCCAGGCUUCAUUGAGCGAUUGUGCAAACUGGCAACGCGGAAGGUGUCUGAAACAACAGGUACUUCCAGCUUCCUCCAGGAGCUGGAAGAAUGGUACACCUGGCUGGACAACGCGCUAGUCCUUGAUGCACUGAUGAGAGUGGCAAACGAAGAGGCAGAGCAGAGCAGUACAGAGUCUUCGGAUGAAAGUGGAUUGGCCAACACCUCAACACGAACACAGCUUCCACAGUCCAUGAAGAUCAUGCAUGAGAUUAUGUAUAAGCUGGAGGUGUUGUAUGUUCUCUGCGUGCUGCUCAUGGGGCGACAAAGGAAUCAGGUUCAUAAAAUGAUAGCAGAGUUCAGACUGAUUCCUGGCCUCAAUAACUUGUUUGACAAACUGAUCUGGAGAAAGCAUUCGGCAUCGGCCCUUGUUCUGCAUGGACACAAUCAAAAUUGUGAUUGUAGCCCAGACAUUACUUUAAAGAUACAGUUCUUGAGGCUUCUUCAGAGCUUUAGUGAUCACCAUGAGAACAAGUAUCUCCUUUUAAACAGCCAAGAACUUAAUGAGCUGAGUGCAAUCUCCCAUAAAGCCAACAUCCCUGAAGUUGAUGCAGUUGUCAACACAGACAGGAGUCUUGUCUGUGAUGGGAAGAGAGGCUUGUUGACCAGGCUGCUUCAGGUCAUGAAGAAGGAACCAGCCGAAUCCUCCUUCAGGUUUUGGCAAGCAAGGGCAGUUGAAAGUUUUCUGCGAGGCACCACCUCCUAUGCAGACCAGAUGUUCCUGCUAAAGAGAGGACUCCUGGAGCAUAUUCUCUACUGCAUUGUUGAUAGUGAGUGCAAAUCACGGGAUGUGCUUCAGAGUUACUUUGACCUUCUGGGAGAACUGAUGAAAUUCAAUAUUGAUGCAUUCAAGAGGUUCAACAAGUACAUCAACACAGAUGAGAAGUUCCAGAUAUUUUUAAAUCAGAUCAACAGUUCAUUGGUGGACUCAAACAUGCUUGUUCGCUGCAUUACGCUGUCCCUGGACCGAUUUGAGAAUCAGUCUGAUGCUAAAGUUGCAGAAGUCCUGUCAGAGUGCCGCCUGUUAUCAUACAUGUCCCAGAUGUCCAUGAGAAUGUCCUUUCUUUUCCGUCUCAUUAAUAUUAUUCAUGUACAGACACUUACACAGGAAAAUGUCAGUUGUUUGAACACAAGUUUAGUGAUCCUAAUGCUGGCCCGAAGGAAAGAAAAGCUACCUUUUUAUCUGCGCACUUUGCAACAGAUGGAAUAUACAGAAAAGUACCCUGGCUUCAUCCUGAACAACUUCCACAGUCUCCUGCGAUUCUGGCAACAGCAUUACCUCAACAAGGAUAAAGACAGCACCUGCUUAGAAAAUAGCUCAUGUAUUAGUUUUACCUACUGGAAAGAGACUGUAUCUAUACUGCUCAGUCCAGACCGGACAUCCCCCUGUGCCAUAGUUAGCUACAUCGACGAGGCGUAUAUGGACAUUGACAGAGACUUUUCUGAGGAGUAAUUCUUCACUCUGGCUUCAGAUGGACAGCGUGUGGAGGGUACCUCGCAGCCCGUGGAUUUUCAGGGAUACGCUGUGUAGUGUGUGUGUGCGUGUGCGGCUUGGAACCGUGGAGCGUUACUGCAUUGUCAAAACCCCAGCCCCCUCCUGGUCCCCGUUUCUGAUCUCUGACGGAUGAGACUCCGAAAGCUCUCUGGGCAACACAUUCAGGGAUGUAUCUUCCAGUUGUUCUGGGAUAAAAAUAA